AGCCCAUUAAAAGGGGGCAUUUAAAAACCAUGGAUUUCAAUUAACAGUGGAUCAUAAUUAUGAAUAAAGCCCAGCCCAAAAGCCGUCGGAUAGCCUACCAUACAAGACUCAAUAUACAAAACCCACCUCCCAGCACAUCUUUAUGUGAACUAGCCUAUACAAGCCUAAUAACACAGCCCACAAUAAUAGCGCCCAAUAACACAUCCUUGUAAGCCCUAGUUCUUGAUGUCAUUUGUUUCUCAUUUUAAGUCACUCGAAACGUUGUCUUUCUUCCCUCUCUAAAGCCCAAUAACAUGGUGUUGAACUAUGAAACCUAUAACCCUUCUCCCGUUCGGUCAGUAGGUGCCCUUUCGGCAACCCCGUCUCCAUCAUCAACACCAACAAGCAGGCCCAAUCCAUUAGCAUCACCACCUUAGAUCCCACCCACCCAACAGGUAGUCUAAACCUGGAACACCCAUGUCUCAGAUCUGACUCUCCCUACCACCAGCAUUUCAGACCCCAAUCCAAACAAAAUUCAAUUCAUGAUGGAGACACUUCGACAAGAAGAUGUGAGGGUAGUUCCUGCGGCGGUACUUCGUCAGAUUAUUUGCAAUCCGGCCGAGAUACCGGAUGAGUGGAAGGAUAUGAAGAUGAUGUCUAAUCAUGGGGAUUUGCUUCCGGUUCACCUCCCAAAUAUUUCUGAUUUGGUCGUUCUAAUAGCCCUAGUGAAGCAGCUAUUUUUCUGGAUGAUGAACAAACUCGGUGAACAGGAUUCUUUGGAUGUAAUCCCUCCAGAAUUUGCAUGCAUUCUGGACCCACCCCCAGUUAUACCACGAAUAAUUGAAACGAUUGAACUUAAGUAUGCUACAGUGAAUAUAGAAACAAGAAGUUGGACAAACGCUAUGAAACUAGUUCCCGCUAGUAGCAGUGAGCAACAAAUACAGCUGAACAUAUUCUGGGAGUCCCAACAAUCGCUAGAUCUGGAAAGACCAAUAAAACUUUAUGUUGUUCCAAGGCAUUACAUUUUAGUGGAUCCUAGCAACGACGAGGAAAGGGAAUUCAUUCCAAGCUUAACGGAAGAUGAGGUCGAGGUCGACCCCUUUCCCCUCCCCAUCCAUAACAUGUGCAUCCUCAUCCUUUGUAUCUUUUCUACCAAUCAGAGCCUCAUACCAAGGUGUCCAAGGUGUCAUUCAGGGACCAGGUGUGUAAGAAUGUUCAGGUAAUAUGUUCGAAUAUGCUCGUAUGUAUGUAGGUUUGCUAACUUAAAGACGCGCAUUAGAGGAAGGCAAUAAAUUGUUAAACAGGAAGGGUGUUAGGCAUCAAGGAUGUUAGGCAGGAAGAAUGUUAAACUGUAACAUUCUCAUUUUGCAAUCAACCCUGUAACGUUCUUAUUUUGGAUUCAAGCCUAUGACAUUAUUUUAGAUGAAACCUUGCAUCCUAAUUCUAAUGUUCUAAUGUUCAUUUUGGAUUGUAAUCUUAACAUUACUAUUAAUGUAUCGGUGUAUUAUUAUGACAAACUUGUGACAUUAUCAGCAAAUACAAUAUUAUUACUUCCACAAAUUUUUAUGAAACAAUCAUAUUACAGCUGUUUCGGGGGUUUCUAAGGUGUCCUACGGGAGAGUUACAGCACCGGUAAUGUACGCCUGACUUCUGUACCUGCAAAACCACGAAACUCCGGUUGGGUGGAGUUUCGCCUCCGACGGUCAAGUUAGAAUAACUUCGGAUGAAAUUACGUGCAGAAGGUAAAUUGAUUCUCUCGGAUUCCGGGAGAUUCCGCAAUUAAUAUUGCUCGGGUUUUUUGUGUAUAUUUUCUGAAUAUCAAUAAAUGAGGUAGAUUCCUCUAUUUAUAGCAGAUGGGUCUGCUCCCCCAUAGGGGGUACGAUGCCACGUGGCAUCCAGUGGUUGGAUCCCAUGGUGCAAUGGGAGGAUGACACGUGUCAGAUCCCCAUAGGUCCACGUGUCCAGGGUAACUUUUACCCUAAACAUUUUCCCCUCACGGGUGCUGACGUGGCUAUGCCACGUGGCACCUGUGACACGCGCCAUCCAAGCAAGAAGAGGACGAUUCGCCUCCUUCCCUCUCUUUUUUCAAAUUUCAAACUGAGGGGGGAGGGUGACGGUUCGCCUUCUGGGAACCCCUAUAAAUAAGCAUCCCCCUCCUUUCAUUUCUCACUUUGCCAUUUUUGAGAGAAUUUACUUGAGAAAAAAAGCGAGAGCUCUUGACCCCGCCUGCUUAUUUACGCAAACAGCCGCUCUUCUGGAUACCGCUUGAGUUACGCAUUCCGCCUCAUUAAGGUAUCCUUCUGACUCAGUCGGACUUUUUAAUUGAAUGUUUGAUUAUGCUGCAACCGGCGUUUGCCGUUUGGAGCUUUUUAGGCAAUUUUGUAUAAAUUGCGUCUAUUGAAAAUCUCAGCCGGUGUAGUCCGUCUGAGUUAUCUUCUGGCAUUUAUUGAAGGUGCUCAAUAGGCCCUCAGUCGGUUCAAACCGUCUAGGGCAUCAAACAAGCAAUCUCAUAGGUGAGAUGCAUUUAAUAGACCCUCAGCC